UAAUUCUGUAUUAAGCACACCACAGAAGAUGUGGUCGCGAGACUUGAUUUUUAUCAUCAUAUUUAUCAUCUCAGGAGUACUCAGUGCAGAAGAGAAACCCUGUGAUCUUCCUAAUGUGGAAAAUGGAAAACUCGCCCUAUAUUACUAUAAUUUUAAAGAUUAUUACUUUCCAAUGAGCAUAGGCAAAAAAGUACCAUUUGCCUGCUCUGCUGGUUUCACAACUGAAAGUGGGAAAAAGGAGAGCCAGAUUACAUGCACUGCAGAGGGAUGGUCUCCGGAACCGAGAUGCUUCAAAAAAUGUGUUAAGCCUGAUUUGAAUAAUGGUUACAUCACUGAUGCAAAAUUAUCAUACAAACUUAAUGAGAACAUGAGCUAUGGCUGUACUUCAGGAUACAAAACCGCUGGAGGGAAGGAUGAAGAAGUGGUUCAAUGUCUCGCUGGUGGAUGGUCUUCUCAACCAACCUGUAGAAAGGAACAUGAAACAUGUAUAACUCCUGCAUUGUCUCAUGGAAAUUAUUCCACAUCGCAGCAAGUGUUCCAAGUGAAUGAAAAAGUACAAUAUGAGUGUGCUGCAGGCUACUAUACCUCUGGAGGGAACAGGACAGAGGAGGUGGAGUGUCUGACGUACGGGUGGUCUCGCACACCAACUUGUACCAAAUUGAAAUGCUCUUCUCUUAGCUUAAUUGAAAAUGGCUAUUUUCAUCCUAUAAAGCAAUCUUAUGAUGAAGGAGAUGUGGUGCAAUUUUUCUGCCAUGAAAAUUACUUUUUAAGUGGAUCUGAUUUAAUUCAGUGCUAUAACUUUGGUUGGUACCCCAAAUCUCCAGUAUGUGAAGGAAGAAGAAAUCGAUGUCCUCCUCCACCUGUACCUGCAAACUCCAUAGCUCAAACAUAUUCAGGAACAUAUCGACAUGGGGAAAUACUUCGUAUAGAAUGUGAACUUAAUUUUGAGAUACAAGGAUCAGAAGAAAUACGCUGUGAAAAUGGAAAGUGGUCAGAACCUCCAAAAUGCAUUGAAGGAAAGAGGAUGUUCUGUGAGAGACCACCUUUCAUUGAGAAUGGGGCCCCCAACCUAGCCUCUGAGAAUUAUUACAACGGAGAUAGAGUCACAUACAGAUGCGAAAGAGGUUACCAUCUCCGUGGAUCCAGAGAAAUAAUGUGUCACCGUGGGAAAUGGACGCUCCCCCCUGAGUGUGUGGAAAAUAUUGAGAAUUGCAGCCCUCCUCCUAAUGUAAGGAAUGGGGCUGUUAUCGGUGGGUUAUUGCCAUCCUACACAUCAGGAUCCUCUGUGGAAUAUAGAUGCAAUGAGUAUUAUUUAUUGAGGGGAGCAAAAACAUCUCAGUGUGAACAAGGAAGAUGGUCACCACCACCUGUUUGCUUAGAGCCAUGCACUGCUGAUGUGGAAAAAAUGAACAGAAAUAACAUAGAAAUAAAGUGGAAAUAUGAAGGAAAGAUUUUACAUGGAGAUUUAAUCGAUUUUGUAUGUAAACAAGGAUACGUUUUGUCUUCAUCAGCCCCACGAUCUGAUUUAUCUGUGCAGUGCUAUCAAGGAGAAUUGAGAUAUCCUGUAUGUGUUAGAAAAGAACCUAAAGGACAAUGUGGAUCUCCUCAAAUGAUUAAAAAUGGACUUGCUAUUUCUGCAACACCGGGACCCUAUGAAAACGGUUCCUUUGUAGAAUAUAUGUGCUUUGAACACCAUUUUCUACAAGGCUCUAGGAAAUCAUACUGUUUGGAGGGAACAUGGACUACUCUGCCAUCAUGUUUAGAACCUUGCAGAUUAUCUUUUCAUGACAUGGAAGCAAAUAAUUUAAUCUUGAAAUAUCAUUUUGACAACAGACCAUUUAUUCUACAUGGUGAAUAUAUUGAGUUUCUCUGCAGAAGAGAUUCAUACUUAGCUCAGAGAUCUACUCUUAGAUCUGAAAUGAGAGUGCAGUGUAACAGGGGCCAGUUAAGGUAUCCACGAUGUAUCCAAAGACAAAGGGCUCUGUCUUAUCAGGAACCAAUAAGGACAUGAAAAGAAAUUACAAGAUGAAGAACAGCAUUUCAGUACAUCAUAAAAUUCUUUACAAAGCAUGAUUUUUAAAGAAAAAUCUUGAAUGAAAAAUCUCUAAGCUU